CGUCCCUCUAUAGCACACCCUUUAGUACGAAAGCUCGCCAUCACCAAUUGCAAUGGCUCUCGUACAUAAACAAGAAAAUGAGGAUUUCUCGAUCAAGCCGGAGGCUAAGACUCCGACCAUCGACUCGUCUCAAUGGCCGCUUCUUCUGAAGAACUAUGAGAAACUCCAUGUCCGUACCGGACAUUACACACCAAUACCUAACGGGUGUACCCCUCUGAAGCGUGAGCUGAAGAGUUAUAUUAGCAGUGGUGUUAUCAACCUCGAUAAGCCGAGUAACCCAAGUUCGCACGAAGUUGUCGCUUGGGUCAAAAGAAUUCUCAGAUGCGAAAAGACCGGACAUAGCGGCACCCUUGAUCCUAAGGUCACUGGAUGUCUCAUUGUCUGUAUCGACCGUGCAACGCGUUUGGUCAAGUCCCAACAAGGCGCCGGAAAGGAAUACGUUUGCGUUCUACGCUUGCACGACAAAAUCGAGGGUCGUGCUCAACUUGCCCGAGCGCUUGAAACCUUGACUGGCGCACUUUUCCAACGCCCUCCAUUGAUUUCUGCUGUCAAGCGUCAGCUCCGUAUCCGUACCGUCCACGAAUCCAAACUGUUAGAGUUUGAUAACGAUAGGCACCUCGCCGUUUUCUGGGUGAGUUGUGAAGCGGGAACAUACAUCCGAACAUUAUGCGUUCACUUGGGCCUGUUGUUGGGUGUUGGUGCUCAUAUGCAGGAGCUGCGAAGAGUUAGAUCUGGAGCAUUAAGUGAAAAUGAUAAUAUUGUCACUCUCCACGAUGUCCUUGAUGCUCAGUGGCUUGCCGACAACUCUCGUGAUGAGACCUAUCUUCGCCGAGUUAUCCGCCCCUUAGAAUCUCUCUUAACUACCUACAAGCGCAUUGUUGUGAAGGACAGUGCAGUGAACGCUGUUUGCUACGGCGCUAAACUCAUGAUCCCUGGACUGCUUCGUUAUGAGGCCGGAAUUGAAGUCAAUGAAGAGGUCGUCUUGAUGACUACUAAGGGCGAGGCUAUUGCGCUCGGUAUCGCUCAAAUGUCUACUGUCGAGCUCUCCACUUGUGAUCAUGGUGUUGUCGCAAAGGUUAAGCGUUGCAUCAUGGAGCGCGAUCUCUAUCCCCGCAGGUGGGGGUUGGGUCCAACAGCGGUCGAAAAGAAAAAGAUGAAGUCUGAAGGCAAACUCGAUAAGUAUGGACGUUCGAACGAGGCUACCCCCGGUGAAUGGACGAAGAAGUACACCGAUUAUAACGCCCCAGCCGGCGGCACGGAGCAAUCUGGUUCCACAAAAAUUACCGAAGAUGUCGCAACUGCUCCUCCCGUACCUCCGUUCGGCGCUCCCGAUGUUGAGAUGACUACUCCAGCUAAACCAGAGUCUGUGGGUGAGAAGAAGCGAAUAGUAAUAUUAAUCCUAAUCUCUUCACUCUUCCCCUUUGCGGAGGCAAAAUGUGUAAACUAGUGUCUUUUCGGUUCUACUUGUUUAUUCCCUUCCCGACUGUACGUGUCACAUCAUGGCCAUCAUCACC